GUGGGUUUUUAUUUUCAUUUCCAUUGCUGUGUUUGCAUUAUUCUGAUCGUUCCUGGCGUUUUCUCCCCCCUCCCCGGCUUGCAGAGGAGUUCAGGCUCUCACCUGAACUUUUGCCGCCUGGUAUAUGCUGUUGGGAUAUCCAUAAGAGAUCGCCCAGGAAUGGUGGAUCACUUGCUGCCUACUGAUGAAUCCUUUUCAUCUACAAGAUCUUCUCUUGGAUACUUUGGGGACAUGACAGCAGGGGUGAGGUCCUACCAAAUGCUACCCUCUCCCCUGUCGGAAGAUGACAGCGACUCCUCCAGCUUUUGUUCUUGUUCCAGCCCUGACUCCCAGGUUCUCAGCUCCAGCUAUGGAAGCACGUCCAGUGCAGAAAGUCAGGACAGUAUCUUAGACUACUUAUUGUCCCAGGCAUCUUUGGGGAACACCGCUGCGUCAUGGUGGGACAAAAGGAGACUUCAACCGAUAGUGAAAGAGGAGUACUUUAGGUUGCCUGAAUUUGCCGUGGAUAUGGAAGACUCAGGACCAUUUCAGCCCACGCUUGAGGAAAUUGAGGAAUUUCUGGAGGAAAACAUGGAGUUGGAGCUCAAAGAAAGACCUAAAAGUGAGACCAAGGACUUGAGAGCUUGCAGCCAAGUUUCUGUUGCUUCGCUACAGCAAAAAGACCAUAUGUUACCCGGCGCUAGUUUAAAAGAGAGUAAAAAUGAACAGUUGAGCAGCUCAACGGAAAGUGGCCAAGCUUCAAAUGGAGGAAUGUCCCUGGAGAAUGGGAUACCGGUUAUGCUCCAAAUUCAGCCUGUACAGAUCAAACAGGAGUCCAACACGAGCCCCAGUUCCCAAGGACCAGCACAAGACAACAUUAAAAUUGCACAGCUCCUAGUCAACAUCCAAGGACAGACAUUUGCCCUUGUGCCUCAGAUAGUUCAGUCGUCCAAUUUGAACUUGUCCUCUAAAUUUGUCCGCAUUGCUCCCGUCCCCAUCGCUGCCAAGCCAAUUGGGCCAGGAGGCAUGAUCCAGGGUCAGACGGGAAUCAUCAUGGGUCAGAAAUUUCAAAAGAACCCUGCAGCAGAACUCAUUAAAAUGCACAAAUGUUCUUUUCCUGGUUGUACCAAGAUGUACACGAAAAGCAGCCAUUUGAAAGCCCACCUGAGGAGGCAUACAGGAGAAAAGCCUUUUGCAUGCACGUGGCCGGGUUGCGGAUGGAGGUUCUCCAGGUCAGAUGAGCUGUCCCGGCACAGGCGCUCCCACUCGGGGGUGAAACCCUAUCAGUGUCCUGUCUGCGAGAAGAAGUUUGCUCGAAGUGACCACUUGUCCAAACAUGUCAAGGUGCAUCGGUUCCCACGAAGCAACCGCUCCAUCCGCUCCGUGAACUGAUUAGUCCUGCUUUCCCCUUCCCGCCCAGCCAUCCUACAACAGCCGAUGACAGACUUUGCUCAUAUAUUUCUAGUGAUAAUU